AUGUCGCCGCCCGCUCGGCAAGCGCACGGCGUCGCCCUCCCGCCGGCGCUGGCACGCCGCCUGCCCGCGGCGCUGCACUACCUCGCCACGCGCAUCCUCAGCGCCGCGACGCGCCUCGAGACAAGCACGUCCGUCGCCCUCUCGCUCGCGCGCCUGCGCGCCUGGCGCCCCACGCGCGGCGAGAAGGCCAAGUACGCCUUCCUGCUGGCGCUCGCGCUGCCGUGCCUCUACAUCAUGGCCGCGCCCGCGUUCCCGCUCAAGCUCGCCCUGCCCGCCGUCUACACGCUCGCCGUGCUACUGCCCGUCUCGUCGCAGUUCAUCCUGCCCGCCACGCCCAUCUUUGCCUGGCUGCUGCUCUUCUACUCGUCGCAGUUCCUCGCGCCCGAGUCGCGCCCGCACAUCUGGGUCAGCGUUCUGCCGACGCUCGAGAGCGUGUGGUACGGCGCGUCGAUCAGCGACAUCCUCACGCACUUCGGCCAUCCCGCGCUCGACAUUCUCGCCUGGCUGCCCUACGGCGUCAUCCACUUCGUCGCGCCCUUUGUCGUCGCCGCGCUGCUCUUCGUCUUUGCGCCGCCGGGCGCGACAAAGGUGUUUGGCGCCGCGUUUGGCUUCCUCAACAUCCUCGGCGUCAUGACGCAGGUCGGCUUCCCGUGUGCGCCGCCGUGGUACGAGCUGCGCGAGGGCCUGACGCCGGCCAAUUACUCGAUGAAGGGCUCGCCGGCGGGCCUGGCGCGCAUCGACGCCCUCUUCCACGGGCACGGCUACACGCUCACCUUCACCAACGCGCCCGUGCCCUUCGGCGCCUUUCCCUCGCUGCACGCCGGCUGCGCCACGAUGGAGGCGCUCUUCCUCAGCUACUUCUUCCCUGUGGCGCUGCGCAUCGGGCGCGUGCGGCUGGAUGCACGCGUGCUGUACUGGACGUACGCCUUCUGGCUGUACUGGUGCACCAUGUACCUCAUGCACCACUACCUCGUCGACCUCGUCGGCGGCGCAUGCCUGGCGACGGCAUGCUUCUACUUCUUCCUCACCAACGAGAUGCGCUUCCAGAUGGAGACAAAUUGGACGGCGCGGCCGUCGGCAGCACAGCCCAUCACGGCGCUGCCGGCAGCGACGGAGCCGCAGGAUGCGUUCGGCGUGCGGCCGUCGGUCGACAUCGAGCGGCGGCCGAUGCCUGCGUCGCGCGCGGGCGGCGAGGACGAGGUGCGCAUGGACGAGCUGCGCCGCGCGCCGACGCCGAUGCAGCGCAGCGGCAGCAACCGCAGCGCCACGGCCGACGUGCUGUUCGAACAGCCCGACGAGGUGCGGAGAGACGCGUAG